AUGGGAUCUUCCGUUAAAAGAAAACAAGUGAACUUGUCUAUGGAGCAUAAGUUGUGGGCAUUAAAGAGACUGGAGAAGGAAGAAAGUGUCAGUGCAGUGGCGGAGGACUUAGGAGUCGACAAAGGUAUGAUUGGACACUGGAAGAAGAAGCGAAUGGAAAUUAAAUUGUGGCGUGUUAAGAGAAUGUGCACAGAAACAUUGAAAGAAAGAAAAAGUAUGAAAGAAAGUGAGUUUAAUGAGGUAAAUGAAGUGCUCUACAUUUGGUUUCGCCAAGCAAGAGAGAAGAGCACGCCAGUUAGUGGGCAAAUCUUGCAACAGAAGGCCUUGAAAUUUUAA